UCUGGGUCUGGGUCUGGUUCUGGUUCUGGGUCUGGGUCUGGGUCUGGUUCUGGGUCUGGUUCUGCUGGUCACAGGAACCUGUCAGACCAAACUCAGGGACGUCCACACAUGGACCCAGACUGAAGACCACCCUGCAGCUCAGGGUCUCUGCUCGUCCUCCAAUGUCCCAUCAAGGAUCCUCAGAGAGACGGUGGAUCUGUGAUCAAACCUGGACCUGAAGGAGGAAGAGUCUACAGAACCAGAACCUCCGGACCCUCCAGACCCUCCAGAACCCUGUGAGGUCCCAGCUUCAGGAUGAUUCCAUCUCUGUCCUUCCUGGAUGUCUCCUGAAUCCUGGACCGGAUCUAUAAAGCCCAGCAGGAGGUUCUGGUUCUGUGUGGACAGGGUGUCUUUUCAUGUCCUGACACCCACCUGACCUCUGACCCCUCCCACUUCAGUAUGUCCGUCCGCCUCGCCCGGUCGGAGCAGUGAACAAGCUGCUGACCUCACUGUAACAAGCUCCGCCCCCUACCUGUCUCCUCCCAGGUCCCGUCUCUCACACUCAGGCGGGACGCUCUGAUGCAAGAUGGCGGCCGGCGUGGCAACAUGGCUGCCGUUUGCGCGGGCGGCGGCGGUGGGCUGGCUGCCACUGGCCAAGAAGACCAUGCCCAAACCUCCGGUGGACAACUCGUCCAGAUCAGACGAGAUCCUGUUCGUCAACGUCAGCGGGGUCCGCUUCCAG